UAAUUUUGCAAGUACGGACGCAGAGGAAACAGAGGCGAAAUUAUACUUCUAUGAAAAGUGUGGCAUUCCGGGCGUGUUGUUUGCAAUAGAUGGCACACAUAUACAAAUGAUAAGACCAACAAGGAAUGAGCAUUUGUACUACAAUGAAAACUGAAGCACAGUAUGAAUGCAAUGGUUAUGUGUGACCACAAGAUGAGAAUUAGAGCUGUUGACGCGCGAUACGGUGGUGCAUGCCAUGAUUCCCAUGUAUGGAACCUGUCCAGUGAGAGAAGGGCUUUAAAAGCUCGUUUUGAUAAUGGCGAGAGAGGGAUAUGGAGUCUUGGCGACUCAGGAUAUCCAUUGGAACCAUGGAUGUUAACUCCCUAUCGUAAUGCCGCCGAAAAUUCAGCGGAAGGCCGGUUUAAUCACUGCCAUGCCAAAGGACGGUCAAUCAUCGAACGAGUAUUUGGAAUAUUGAAAGGAAGGUUUCGAUGUCUUUUGGCAGCACGCGAGCUGCAUUAUACUCCGCAAAAGGUUUCAGCUAUAAUGAACGUUUGCUGCGCUUUGCACAACAUUUGUCUGCAAUUUAAAGCUGAGCUGCAACCUUCAGAAGUUUUUCCCACAGAAGAUGUACAUUUAUUAGAAACUGUGUAUAUGGUGGAAGCGGACAGUAGUACAGCAAAUAUUUCUAGGAACUUAAGAGAUGAAAUAAGAAACAGUUUAAUUGCAUAGGUGUAGCAAAAUAUUUUAUUAAUUCAAGUGUGUGUAUACAUAGUAGCUCAAAAUCAAAUCAUAAAGUGAUAUUUUAACAAUAUUCGCAAUGUUUUUAAUUCUGAAACUUUUUUGUAAAUAUUUUAAAAUAGUAUAGCUGAUUAUCUAAAAAAAUCGUAUAAAUCUAAGUUGUAAACUUGUGCCAAAAUUAGGAAAUAUCAACAAAUUUUCAUACAAAUUGCCAACUUUUUUACUAGAAUUUCUUGACAAAAAUUUGGCCUGUUAAACUUAAAUAUAAUGUGGAAGUUCUAAGUCCAUAAAAAAUUCCGUUGAUUUUUGAUAACUUUCUUUGCUGACGGUCUUGGACAUUUUUUUCCAUACAAAGUAUAUUUUUUUAUAUGGAAGAAAAUGCACAACACCGCAAAGAAAGUUAUCAAAAAUCAGCGGAAUUUUUUAUGGACUUCGAACUUUCACAUUAUAUUUAAGUUUAACAGGCCAAAUUUUUUCAAGUAAUUUUAGUAAAAAAAGUUGGCUAUUUGUAUGAAAAUUUGUUGAUAUUUU